CUUUGAUAGACAUUUAAUAUCCAAGAUAUAACACAUGGAUUACAAUUACCACCACACUAUGAGUGAGUCCCAUCUAGCCUAAAACCAGACACACACAGAGAGCUGCAGAUGGAAGAGAUGCAGAUGAGGGACCCUGGCCAGCAGCUGGCACAAUCUGCAGGUAUGUGGUCACCUAGGUCUUGAUUAUGUCAGGAGGUGGUGGUGCACACUUCUAAUCCCAGCAGUCGGGGGCAGGGGGAGGUGGAUCUUUGUGAGUUUGCUGCCAGCCUGGGCUACAGACAGAGUUCCAGGACAGCUAGAGCUGUUACACAGAGAAACUCUGUCGCAAAAUAACCAUAAACAAACAAAAAAACCCAAAUGACAACAACAAAAGAAACUUGUUUACAUUUCUAUUUUUUAGGUGUUGGAGAGAUAUGUCAAUGACUAAGAGCACUGGCUGCUUUUCUAGAGAACCCAGGUUUGAGUCCUAGCUCCCACUUGGCAGCUCACAACUGUCUGUGACUAUAGUUCUAGGGAACCCAGCACCUUCUUAUGGCCUCUGUGGGCACCAGGCACACAUAUGGUACACAGACAUGAAUGAAGGCAAAGCACGUACACAUAAAAUAAAAUAUUCUAUUUAAAAAUUUUACUUAUACAUUUAUUAUAUUUUUAAACAUAGAGCUUCGCUAUUUAGUCCUGGCUCUUCUGGAGCACUCUAUGUAGACCAGGCUGUCCAGGAACUCACAGACAUUUGCCUGCCUCUGCCUUCUGAGUGCUAGGAUUAAGGGGGUGUGUGCCAUCUUAACUAGCUAAGCUUUUUUUUUUUUUUUUUUUUUUUUUUGUAGUUGUGUGUGUCAGUGCUGGGGAUGUGUGUGAAUGCAGGUGCCCACUGAAGUCAGUAGAGGAUGUUGAACUCCCUGGAGCUAGAAUUACAGGUGGUCGUGUGCUGCCUGGAGUGGGUGCUAGGGAACCUAACUCAGGUCCUCUGUAAGAGCAGGAUGCACUCUUAAUUGCUGAACCAUCUCUCUAGUCCCUCUGUUGUAUUUAUAUUGAGAAUAAUUCAUUUCCAUCCCUUGGUGCCAGCCAGCCUCAGAGCCUUCUAGCUGAGUCCCCAACACUGUGGAACAGAGCCAAACUCCUGCUUUUCUUGUCUAUCUUGUCUGAAGUUGUGUGUUUAUGUCAUUACGCUCUGGGUGAUACGCUUCCUGGUGCAGCUGUGUAACUAACUACGAUUUGGUAAAUGACAGCUGUCUCAUAAGACUGCAAUGAAGGGCUGGCUGCAGCUUAGCUGGUGGAAAGCAUGAGGAUUCUGGUUCAAGCCUCAGCACCCAGGUAAAAAGCUGAAUGUAGUAACGUCAUAGAACAUGCAAUCUUAACUGCGGGAGCCAGAGACAGGAUCCCUGGGGUUUGCUGGCCAGCCAGGCCAGCCUCAUGGGUGAGCCCAGGUCUCAGGAAGAGACCCUGAUUGAAAACACAAAGGUAAGGGUGGGCCUGAAGAGAUGGCUCAGCAGUUGGCACGUUUGUGGCUAGUGUGGAGGGCCAGGUUUCCAGCACUCAAUAGCAGCCCACAAUUAUCUGUAACUGUAGCUCCAAAGGAUCCAGUACCCUCUUUUGGCCUCCACAGGCACUGCACACAUGUGGUGCACAGACAUACAGGCAGGCAAAACACCCAUGCACAGAACGUAAACAUAACUAAAUCUAAAAGUAACCUCUCAAAACAAACAGCCCCUCCCAAAGUGAAGGUGGAUGGCUUCUGAGGAAAAACACUGAUGCUGUGUUCUGGCCUCUGUACAUACAAACAUAUGAUCCCUAAAAAGAAAAAAAAAGAUAUAUCAUUGCCUGACAGUGUCACAGACAUUGUAAUGCCUUGUUUUGAUGUGUUACCUUUGAGUGGUGACAAUGGCUUGAAGAAACCACACUGCCAGUCAUAUAAAAAUCUAAGACAUAUAGUACUGAGCACGUAGCGCAGUAGACAGCUAGCCUAGCACUUAGGAAGUACCACAUUUCAUCCCCUGCAUGCAUCAAACUGUAUAGUUCAUGCUGCAUACCUAGAACCCCAGCAUUCAGGGCUGGAGGGAGAAAAUUAGAAGUUCAAGGCUAUCCUUGGCUACAUAGUGAGUUUGAGAGUAACAGGGAAUCCUGCCUUCAAGAAGUUUUUCUUUUAAUGUACCCUCUCCCUAAACUCCCACACAAAUAUGGGGAUGGAAACAUGGUUCAGAAGGCUCUGAAUUGCAGACAGCUUCCCCGGGGAACAGGGUUUCACCCAUUCAGAUGGUGUCUUAGUCAGUGGUCUAUUGCUAAGAGGAGACAAAAUGGCCAAGGUAAAUUAUAAAAUAAAGCAUUUGAUUGGGGCUUGCAUAAAGUUUUAGAGGGUUAGUUCAUUAUCAUAAUGGCAGGAGGAGGAGAGGGAAAGAGAAGAGGAGGAAAAGAAGAGGGUAUUGGUGGGUUUUGAAACCUCAAAGCUCACUCCCAGUGACAGACCUUUUCCUACAAGGCCACACCUCCUAAUUCUUCCCAAACAAUUCCAUUCACUGGUAACUAAGCAUUGCAGUGGAUGAGACUACAGGAAACAUCCUAUUCAAAUCACCAAGAAGGACAAGAAAAGCCAUUUCCACUUCCUCCAUCCCUGUCCAUCUUUAUCACUAUGAAGCAUAGGGAAGGAGGGAUGCUGUGGGUGCUACUCACCAUGGUGGGUGUCACGACACUAGCACUGGCUACACAGAAAGCUGCAGAAGAAAGCCGGACUUGACUAAUGCCCUACACUGAGUAUAAGCUCUGGGAUAAGCGAGCACCUCUUCUGACCAUCUGCAGACAGUGGGAUGUGCUGUUUUCUCAGCUCCCCUCAAACCCCAAACAUUUCCACCUUCAUCUCUGCUACCACUGUCUUGCCAAAAUAAGCCAGGAAGGUUUGGUGAGGGCCUGGAUUCUGGCAGGAGUUGAGCUGGUCCGAGAAGAAAAACAGAGAAAGAGCAAUCUCUCCCUCUUUCUCCAGAUGCUGAUUUGUUUAGAUUUCUCCACAAACUUUACAACGCAAAGAAACCCACAGAGACAAGCUUUAAUGAAGUAAUCAGCUGACUCCGCUAAUAUUCCAGCCAGGAGAAAGGAGUCCUGGCUUCACAGGGCCCAUAUGAAUGGCGUCAUUAAAUGCAGCCAAGGGAGGGAGAGGGUUCACUUUUGCUGUCUAUGUUCGGAAAGCUCAGCGGGAGUGAGAAGAAGCAGCCGGGAGGAGUGACCAUCUGAUGUUCUGACAUUUAAAGGAAAAAGCCAGCCUCCUUCAGAUAUCUCUUUCUGUUUUUCUGGGGUUUGUUUACAUGUAUUGGGGGCGGGGCUCAAAUGUCACAGAUGGUACGUAGAGGUCAGAGGACAAUCUGCUGGAGUCUGUCCUGACUUUACGUGAGUCCUAGGGAUCCAAUCAAGUCAGAAUAGAUCCACACCAAGUGCCCUGACUUCUGGCCCUUCUCCAUGGCCUUUAUCCCACAUUUUCCGUACUGACUUCUGUAAGGUUUUAUUUUUAUUAUUAUUCUUUUUGUUUUUAAAGACAGGGUCUCAUUGUAUGACCCUGGCUGGUCUGGAACUGGCAGUGUAGACCAGGCUAGCUUCUCACCCUCAGAGGUCUGUCUGCCUCUGGAGUCUUAGGACCGAAGGCACUUGCCUAACUUAGGUUUCCUCUGAGAUUGAAAGAGAGUCCACCCUACAGGGAAACUCUUUGAACAGGAAGGUAAACAACUCAAAAUAGCUUCAGGAAGGCCCUGGAACUUACCAGAAUCACUAGGCCCCUCCCUGCCAGCAUAAAUAAUAAAAGUUGAGAGUCUCCCUCACAUGAAGAAAUUGGGCUGCCAAGGAGACGCUCAGACAAGCCAAAGGGGCAAAGUCUGGACACCAGAGCAGCAGCCUGAAAGAAGCAGACAGCGGCUGGUUGUCUGGAAGAGGUUUAGCCCCACUGAGGCAUGGAGAGCACAGGACACUCUCCAGUCUGUUGAGCCGCCUGGUGCACAGGUUCCCAGCUUGGUAAGCUGUCCCCACACUGGGGUGGGCUUCAGUGUGCAGCUGGUCUUUGAGUCAUUUCCGUUCCUGUAAGUAACUCCUCAUCCACAGCCUGUAAGACACAAACCUCAUGGGUUCACCAAGUCAGACUGCAGUGGUAUCCACACUUUGGACUAUUGUGGGUUCCUCCCUGGGUGUGAGGGGCAGAGAAGUAGACACAAGCUGCAUCUUCUCAGAAAAACGUCCUGUCACACCCCACCAUGUAUCGCCACACCAGAAAGUUUUCCAUUUGAACACCUUGUCACCUCCCCACCCCCACUCCCCCUGACUUCCAACCUGGGAAGAUGACUUUGGGGAAGACAAAGUUAGCAUCAAAUCCUUGUAGCAUCUCUGCCCUUCCCCGCUCUAGAUCAAGAAGGAAGGUAACAAGAAAGGAAGAAUGGGACACAGCACUUCCCCUUCUGUUAAAAAGUAAGUCAAGGUCAGUAAAAGACUAGGCCAGCAAAGGUGCUUGCUGCGAGCCUGGGUGGGGUCCUCAGCACCCACAUGACAGAAGGAGAGAAACAGCCCCCUCUGCCCUGUCCUCUGACUGCUGCCAGAGGACUGUGACCUCACACCCUGUCCCACAAAAUCAAUAUGUGGAAUAUAAACUUUAAAUGUAAAACUCAGGGUCUUGGAAGUGGACCUCGGAAGGAGAGUAUCCAUAGCAUUUGGAAUGCCUUGGGCUAUUUCAUAAAAUAGAUACUGACUUGCAGAAACAAAUAAAGCUAAGGGAGAGCCCACGGUGUAAACUGUGCCGUCCACCAACAGUGAUCCAAUCAGUGAGUAACAUGGGCUGAGAAGGAGCUUUCUCUAAGGCAGGGUGGAAUUGGUCUGGAGGCUUGGUUCUCUUGCUUUGAGAAGGAGGGGCUCGAAAGAGAUGUGACCAACAUUCUCAACAGGACACCUCUAUUUAAAUGGACCGACCUUAGAUUAUUGUGGGCAAGUUUCUAAGCGUCCUCAGGCAUCAGUCACUCCACCUUUAAAAGGAGGAUACCCUAUGGCAGGCUAAGCAAUACAAAGGAACUAGACCUCAGGAAGAAAUAUAAAGAAGUCCCGCGGGCAGCUUUCUAAGAGCAGAGCCCAGGAGAGGAAGCUGAGUCCCAUGGCUUGGGAGGGCACGGCCAUUUGCUGCCUGCUUGCUUCUUGGAGUGGACAGUUCUGGACUGUAUGGAAAGCCGGGGCUACUUAAGCAAAUGCUUUCAUGAACAGCCUCAUCUACACUUUGGCCUGCAACUUCGGUGAGCCUAAUUCUUCCUUCUCCCUCUGAUUACUUCCAUCUGGCUGCAGCAGCUUCAAUGGAGUCUCCGGGAUUAAAAAAAAAAGAGAAAAAAAAGAAAAAGAAAAAGAAAAAGAAAGAAAGAAAGAAAGAAAGAAAGAAAGAAAGAAAGAAAGAAAGAAAGAAAGACCCCUCUCACUGCAAAACAUAAGCAGCAAGCCUAAGGUUGGCGUCACUUGUCGCCGGCGUGCUCUCAGAUGGCGGCGUGAGCGAGCCAUGGCGAGGGGCGCCUGGGACCCCGGGCACCUGCACUAGCUGCCCGGGCGACGAGGGCCUGCGUGAAUCCAGUCUUGCUUCCCAACCCACGUGUCUUCCUUCUGCUACGGCGCACAGAGGAUCCGGGAGUUUUGGGAACAACCAGCGGAGGGCUGAGGGGGUUGGGAAGAAAGGGGGAGUUCAGAUAUUGAAACCAGCAGUCGCAGCGCCCGAGCUCCGGAGCUCAUCUGACUUGAGUUAGCAACCCCCCAACCCGGCGCCUUAGAAAAAGUGUUUGAGACUGGCGUGUGCUCCUGUAGCUGGAACUUUCUGGUAGGGGUGCUUUAUUUCCUCCGAACUGGGUUGGAAGAAUCUGCGAUAGUCCCAGCUCUUCUCCUCCAGAGUGGCGUCUGGGUCGUCACCCCCCACCCCCACUCCCUAACUCCUGGGUUCUCUGGUCCCCCGCUGGAACUUUCCGAAGGGGUGCUUUCCUUGCUGGAGCUGAGGUGGGGGAGAGUCUGUGUUCGCCCGCUGGCAAUCCCCCUCCAGGGUGGUGUCCCCCCACCCCCAGCCUCAGAGGCAGGGUGCACGCGGCGGGGCGGGCAAGCUAAGGACGCGACGAUCAGGGUUUGCCCAAGCUCAGCGCGCGGGGGCGCUGCGCCAUCCCAGAGACGCUGAUGGAUUGCAUGAGUGCCGGCGUUCGCCAGCCGAGGCAGCACGGCUCCGCGGACUUUUUUUCAAACUCCUCUCAUCAAUGAGACUUCGAGGAGGAGCGGGAGGCGGCGGCGGCGGCUACAGAGGACGCGGAGGAAGGCGAGGAGGAGCCAGAGGAAGGAGCACGGGUCGUGCGUAGCAUCGCAGCCGCCCGGAGCUGCUGGCCUGGUGUCCUUAGGGACUGCCCGAGUCCCCCGCCCGCCUUGGUCCCCUCCUCUGCCUGGCCAGCCCCGCCCCGGCAGCCGGAGCCCCCGCACUCGGCAGCCCCACUCCAGCCAAGUUGGGAUGGGGCCCUGCAACCACUGCCCGGCGCCCGAGAGGCCACCUGCAUGCUAGAGGCAAACUUUUGUCUCCUCGGGUCCGCCACCAAAGAGUAUGAGCCUCUGAGAUGGAGACUUCUGCCCCAGCCCCUGCACUGGAGAAGAAAGAAGCCAAGAGUGGUCUCUUGGAGGACAGCAGCUUCCCCGACCCAGGGAAAAAGGCCUGUCCUCUGGCGGUGGCCGCAGCUGUAGCCGCCCACGGAGGUAACGCCAGCUGUGUCAAGUUGACAAUAAUCAACAGGACAGUGAGAGACCCUGUUCCAAGGGUGGAGAGGGAUAGACCAGGACACCCCAUAUCUCCUUUGACCGUCACAGUUCCUCAGCAGCUCCUGCCGGCUUUCCACGCGCCUUUGCCGAUUGACAUGAGACACCAGGAGGGAAGGUACCAUUAUGACCCUCACUCUGUCCACAGUGUACACGGGCCUCCCACCCUAAGUGGCAGCCCUGUCAUCUCAGAUAUCUCCUUGAUACGACUUUCUCCACACCCUGCUGGCCCUGGAGAGUCACCCUUCAGCGCCCACCACCCCUACGUGAACCCCCAUAUGGAGCACUACCUCCGGUCUGUGCACAGCAGCCCCACACUCUCAAUGAUCUCUGCCGCCAGGGGCCUCAGCCCUGCUGAUGUGGCCCACGAACAUCUGAAAGAGAGGGGACUCUUUAGCCUCGCAGCCCCAGGCACCAACCCUUCAGACUAUUACCACCAGAUGACCCUCAUGGCAAGCCACCCCACCCCUUAUGGGGACCUUCUAAUGCAGAGCGGGGGUGCUGCUAGCGCACCCCAUCUCCAUGACUACCUCAACCCUGUGGAUGCAUCACGAUUCUCUAGUCCACGUGUGACCCCACGACUGAGCCGCAAGCGGGCUCUGUCCAUCUCCCCGCUCUCAGAUGCCAGCCUCGACCUACAACGCAUGAUUCGGACCUCUCCCAACUCGCUGGUAGCUUACAUCAACAACUCCAGGAGCAGCUCAGCAGCCAGUGGCUCUUAUGGACAUCUGUCUGCUGGUGCCCUCAGCCCAGCCUUCACUUUUCCCCACCCCAUCAAUCCUGUGGCCUACCAGCAGAUCCUGAGCCAGCAGCGGGGCCUGGGCUCAGCCUUUGGACACACACCACCCCUGAUCCAGCCUUCACCCACCUUCUUGGCCCAGCAGCCCAUGACUCUCACCUCCAUCAGCACCAUGCCUACCCAACUCAGCAGCAGUAGCAGCAACUGUCUAAAUGAUGCCAACCAGAACAAGCAGAACAGCGAGUCAGCUGUGAGCAGCACCGUGAACCCCAUCACCAUUCAUAAGCGGAGCAAGGUCAAGACUGAGGCUGAGGGCCUGCGUCCAGCAUCCCCGCUUGGACUGACACAGGAGCAGCUGGCCGAUCUCAAGGAAGACCUGGACAGGGAUGACUGUAAGCAGGAGGCCGAGGUGGUCAUCUACGAGACCAACUGCCACUGGGCAGACUGCACCAAGGAGUAUGACACACAGGAGCAGCUGGUGCAUCAUAUCAACAAUGAACACAUCCACGGGGAGAAGAAGGAGUUCGUGUGCCGCUGGCAGGCCUGCACGAGAGAGCAGAAGCCCUUCAAGGCCCAGUACAUGCUGGUUGUUCACAUGCGCAGACACACGGGUGAGAAGCCACACAAGUGCACGUUCGAAGGCUGUUCCAAGGCCUACUCUCGCCUGGAGAACCUGAAGACACACCUGCGUUCACACACAGGAGAGAAGCCAUAUGUGUGUGAACACGAAGGCUGUAACAAAGCCUUCUCCAAUGCCUCAGACCGCGCCAAGCACCAGAACCGCACUCACUCCAAUGAGAAACCCUACAUCUGCAAGAUCCCAGGCUGCACCAAGAGGUACACAGACCCCAGCUCACUCCGCAAGCAUGUGAAGACUGUCCAUGGGCCAGACGCCCAUGUCACCAAGAAACAGCGUAAUGAUGUGCAUGUCCGUGCUCCACUGCUCAAGGAGAAUGGGGAUAAUGAGGCCAGCGCCGAGCCAGGUGGCCGGGGACCUGAGGAGAGUGUGGAGGCCAGUAGCACCAGCCACACUGUGGAGGACUGCCUACAUAUCAAAGCCAUCAAGACAGAGAGCUCCGGGCUUUGUCAGUCCAGCCCCGGGGCCCAGUCAUCCUGCAGCAGCGAGCCCUCUCCCCUGGGCAGUGCCCCCAACAAUGACAGUGGCAUGGAGAUGCCGGGGACAGGGCCUGGGAGUCUGGGAGACCUGACAGCACUGGCUGACACGUGUCCAGGAGCUGACACCUCAGCCCUGGCUGCACCCUCCACUGGUGGCCUGCAGCUGCGCAAACACAUGAGCACCGUGCAUCGCUUUGAGCAGCUGAAGAGAGAGAAGCUCAAGUCACUGAAGGAUUCCUGCUCGUGGGCCGGCCCAGCUCCACACACCCGCAACACCAAGCUGCCUCCCCUUCCAGUCAAUGGUUCUGUCCUGGAAAACUUCAACAAUACAGGGGGCGGUGGACCGGCAGGACUGCUGCCCAGCCAGCGGCUACCAGAGCUGACCGAAGUGACGAUGCUGAGCCAGCUGCAGGAACGAAGAGACAGCUCCACCAGCACCAUGAGCUCGGCCUACACUGUGAGCCGCCGCUCCUCUGGCAUCUCCCCAUACUUCUCUAGCCGUCGCUCCAGCGAGGCUUCGCCUCUCGGUGGCCUACGCCCGCACAACGCCAGCUCAGCAGACUCCUAUGACCCCAUCUCCACAGAUGCCUCUCGGCGCUCCAGUGAAGCCAGCCAGUGCAGUGGCGGUGGCCCAGGGCUGCUCAACCUCACACCUGCGCAGCAGUACAACCUGCGUGCCAAGUACGCAGCGGCCACAGGUGGACCACCGCCCACGCCACUGCCGGGCCUCGAUCGUGUAAGCCUUCGUACCCGCCUGGCCUUGCUGGAUGCUCCUGAGCGUGCACUUCCUGGUGCCUGCCCACAUCCACUGGGGCCACGGCGUGGCAGCGAUGGGCCUACCUAUAGCCAUGGUCAUGGCCAUGGCUACGCAGGUGCGGCUCCAGCAUUCCCCCACGAGGGGCCAAACAGCAGCACACGGCGGGCCAGCGACCCUGUGCGGCGCCCUGACCCCCUUAUUCUGCCUCGAGUGCAACGUUUCCACAGUACCCACAACAUGAAUCCAGGUUCACUGCCACCCUGCGCUGAUCGGCGUGGCCUGCACGUACAGAGCCACCCCAGCGUAGACAGCAACCUGACCCGCAACGCCUACUCUCCCAGACCCCCUAGCAUCAAUGAGAACGUGGUGAUGGAGGCCGUGGCUGCUGGGGUAGACGGCCCAGGGCUAGAGUGCGACCUGGGGCUGGUGGAGGAUGAGCUGGUGCUGCCAGAUGAUGUGGUACAGUACAUCAAGGCUCACACCGGUGGUACCUUGGAUGACGGCAUUCGGCAGGGGUAUCCCACAGAAGGUACUGGCUUCCCCGAGAACUCUAAGCUGCCCAGUCCUGGGCUACAAGGCCACCGCAGGCUAGCAGCUGCCGACUCCAACAUGGGUCCUUCUGCUCCUGGACUCGGGGGCUGCCAGCUGAGCUACAGCCCCUCCUCCAACCUCAACAAGAGCAACAUGCCUGUGCAGUGGAAUGAGGUGAGUUCUGGCACCGUGGAUGCCCUGCCUACCCAGGUGAAGCCACCUCCUUUCCCUCACAGCAACCUGGCUGUGGUCCAACAGAAGCCAGCCUUUGGCCAGUAUCCAGGAUAUAAUCCACAAUCCGUGCAGAGCAGCUCCGGAGGUCUAGACAGCACCCAGCCGCACCUACAGCUUCGAGGAGCCCCCUCUGCAUCAAGAGGGAGCUACACGCAACAGCCUCGACAGCCAGCUGCAGGCAGUCAGUGCCUGGGUAUGAGUGCGGCCAUGAGCCCGCAGGCCAGCUACAGCCAAGCCCACCCCCAGCUGAGCCCAAACAUUGUCAGCGGAUCUCUGAACCAGUUUUCUCCCUCCUGCAGCAAUAUGGCAGCCAAGCCCAGCCACCUGGGACUCCCUCAGCAAAUGGAAGUUGUCCCCAAUGCCACCAUCAUGAAUGGCCAUCAACGGGAGCACGGGGUCCCCAAUUCAUCCCUGGCUGCGGUGUCACAACCUCACCCAGUCCUGAGCUAUCCCCAGCAGGACAGCUACCAACAGGGCUCCAACCUUCUGUCAUCCCAUCAGCCUGGCUUCAUGGAGUCCCAGCAGAACGCGGGCUUUGGUCUCAUGCAGCCUCGGCCACCCCUGGAACCCAACACGGCCAGCCGUCACCGUGGAGUACGUUCUGGGCAACAGCAGUUGUAUGCCAGGACCACUGGCCAAGCCAUGGUCACAUCAGCCAACCAAGAGACAGCAGAAGCUAUGCCCAAGGGACCAGCAGGGACCAUGGUAUCCCUAGCUCCUCAGCCAUCUCAGGACACAGGGCGGGCACAAGAUCAGAACACGCUAUACUACUAUGGCCAGAUCCACAUGUAUGAACAGAAUGGAGGCUGCCCAGCCGUGCAGCCCCAGCCGCCACAACCACAAGCUUGCUCAGACAGUAUCCAGCCUGAGCCUUUGCCUUCACCGGGAGUCAACCAGGUGUCUAGCACCGUGGACUCCCAGCUCCUGGAGCCCCCCCAGAUUGACUUUGAUGCCAUCAUGGAUGAUGGUGAUCACUCGAGUUUGUUUUCUGGUGCACUGAGCCCAACCCUUCUCCACAAUCUCUCCCAGAAUUCCUCACGCCUCACCACACCCCGGAAUUCCUUGACACUGCCCUCCAUCCCUGCGGGCAUCAGCAACAUGGCCGUGGGCGACAUGAGUUCCAUGCUCACCAGCCUGGCUGAAGAGAGCAAGUUUUUAAACAUGAUGACCUAAAGGCCCUGGCUCCUGGCACAGGAGACCUGAGCAACACUAGCCCCUUGGAAUAUGAGGGUCUAGUCUGUUCUCAUUGUCCCAAAGUGUUAACUAGGCCUGAGAGGGGUUGGGCAAUGGCCAACUCCAAAUGACAGCUCUGGGCCAUGCCCAGGGGUCUUCUUGCAGAUGUUUUAAGAAAAGAUUAAGGGGCAUCCUCUCUGCUGUUUGGCCUAUUUGGGGGGGGAGGGGACACCCAAAGUCUUAUUCAAAAAGAAACUCGUUCACAUGACGCUUGCCAGCCUCUGGUGUUUGUGAGAUUCCCGGGUUCUGGCUCCUUUGCCUCUAUCAUUCAGCUAAUGAGAGAGAACUUUGGCCAGGGGCUUUCCAAGUACACGCCCAAAGAGGGGAGGGGAGCCACUCUGGGUUUGAAUCUGAGACCAUGCUGGAUAUUCUCUGCUCUGAGAAGAUGAGUUUGCCAUUCUGCCACCUGGGAGGAAAAGGGAUUACUGUUUCCCCUGGAUUCUUCCAUGAAGCUCGUCAAGGUUGCUCACCACGGAGGAGAAAGGCGCAUCCCCCGGGAUAUUGUAGUCUCCUCAGUUACUUGCUAACAUCUCCAUUUCCUUAGGUAGAGUGGGACCAGCAGAUUUCCUAAAUGGAGAAGAAUUAAUAAAACACGUAUUUUACUAUUGGGGGGGGUACAGGGUCUCUCCUGGCCUGUUUACAGUGUUCUGAGGUAUACAGUGAAGCCCUCCCUGGGAAGAAGACUUGCGUCUACAUGCCUUGGGUUGCUGUGGACUAGGAAUAGGCAGGGCCUCGAGGUGGAAGAGGCCUUCCCCAGGAAAAGGAAGUCAUAUGUUUACCCGCUCCUAUUUCUCCAGUGCACUAUCUGACCACUCUCUCAUGGGAGAUCCCAGGGCUCCUCCACACCGGCUGGUGGCCAGCAGACAACCCUGAGCGACCACCUGCAGCCUCCACACUUUCUGGUCCCCUGACCUCUACCCUCCUCUCCAGGUUAUUUGGCAUGGACCAGUGAUGACAUGCAUGGUUUGUGGUUGAGCGGAAGGUUGAAGGCAUUGAUUCUUGGACUUUGAGGAACUCUUAACUGAAUUUGCUUGUUCAGUAUGGCCUGGCCCCAGAUAAGAAAUGGCAUGUGGAAACUGACUCCAAAAAGAGUCAGUCAGAGCGCACUGCAGGGUGAACCCAUGCCUCCACCACCACAGACAUGUGCGUAUCCCAAACCUGUUCCUUUGAGUUAACAGAAACUUUUGCCAACCAAACCUCACCAAUCAGAGCUUCCUUCUGGCCAUGACCUUGGCUGUGGUGAGGAGCUUCUUAACAGAGUCUGGACCCUCUGUGUCCCAGGGCAGCAAACUUCUCUGUUUACAACCCAGAGACAGGACCAACUCCAAAUGACAGCUCUGGGCCAUGCCCCUGGGUCUCUGGCUCUUGUGGUGUGGACUCAUUGCCUGACAUAGACCCUAGCUUCCCAUUCUGUCUGUAUCUAUUUUGUGUAGACAUCGUCUUGCCUGAAUAGACUGUGGGUGAAUCCAAAUUUGGUCCAGCCAAAUUUAUAUUGCCAAACAUUUUUAGCUUUUUCUACAUGCUAUAAAUUGAGAUGACAUGCUCAACUUGUAAAUAAGUCUUUUUUGUACAUUAAAAGUAAUUUUUUCAUAAUUUA